AUGCCUCCUCCACCGCCCGACGACGCGCUCACUACGCGCAUCCCGCCGACCUGCCCCGCCUCCAUCGCCGAGCUCCUCCACCACGCCUGGCGCCACGACCUCGCCGCCCUGAAGCCUCUCCUCGCCGUCCCGGGCCGCGCCAGCGUGCAAGAGCCGACCACGGGUGAGACGCCGCUGCACGCCGCGAUCCGGUCUUGCGCCUCCACCUCCACCUCCGCCAACGCCGACCCCGACCCCGACCUUGACGCCGCCAAGGCCGUUGUCCACGAGCUCUUCCUCAGCGGCGCGAUCUGGAACGACGUCGACAGCAACAACGAGACGCCCGGGUGUCUGGCGGCCCGGCUGGGACAGGAGGCGCUGUACGCGCUGUGCGUAGAGGCCGGCGUGAGGGCGGAGCUGCUCUUCGGGUUGCUGGGCGGUGACGGGUAUGAGGAGCUAGAAUCCGAGGACGAGGAAGAGGAGGAGGAAGGCGACGAAGACGGAGAGAACAAGGACAACACAGAAAACGCAGACGAGCCCAUCGACAUCGUCCUAGAAUCUGACCCCGACCGCGCCUUCGCCUUCGCGCCGCCCCAGCCCGCCGCCGCCGACCCCGACGUCAACAGCGACGAGUACCUGCGCUCGCAGCUGACCUACGACGCCGGCAAGCUGGUCGACGACUCCCAGAACGGCGUCAUGAUGGCCUGGGAGACCUCCAUCAUGCGCGCCUCGGUCGACGCGCUGCUCACCCCCGGCGAGAAACUCCCCGCCGCCGGCCGCACCCGCGUGCUGAACAUCGGCUUCGGCAUGGGCAUCAUCGACGGCAUGUUCCGCGAGGCGCACCCGUCGAAGCACCACAUCAUCGAGGCGCACCCGGCGGUGCUGGAGCACAUGAACGGCCCCGACUGCACGUUCGGGAAGGAGUGGGAGGCGAGCGCGCCGAGCGAGGGCGCGUACAAGGUCCACGCGGGCAGGUGGCAGGACGUGAUACCAAACCUGCUGGAGCAGGGCGAGUUGUAUGACGCGAUAUACUUCGACACCUUCGGAGAGGACUACGCGCAGCUGCGCAAUUUCUUCACCGAGUACGUGCCGGGCCUGCUGGACGAGAACGGGGUGUUUGGUUUCUUCAACGGGCUAGGCGCUGACCGCAAGGUCUGCUACGAUGUCUACACCAAGGUCGUAGAGAUGCAUUUGAGCGACGCGGGCAUGGAUGUGGAAUGGCAGGAGAUGGACGUAGAUAUGGGGGGCCUGGAGGAGGAGGGCAAGGGUGAAUGGCAAGGGGUCAAGAGACGGUAUUGGACUUUAGACAAGUAUCGGCUUCCUACCUGCACUUUCAUGGGUUAG